AUGAUGAUGGACCAACAAACGGUUCAUGAGAAACCCGAGGCGGCCUGUGGUUUGCUGGCAGGUGUAGAGCCUGAGCUUCGGCUUGUCACCGUGGAGGGGGACAACUCCACCCAUAACGGGUCGGGUUGGAUCGGAGAGACCCGUGACCUUGUAGCUGCUGUUACAGGUUUCAGUGUACUCCACAGGAAGAAAAGGAUGCCAAGACAGAGGAGAUCAUCCACCAUUCAACAUCUGUCUUUUGCUCCCUCCACCUCGCACGUGCCACCAUUCCCACUCCAAGGCCUUCCCUCUCUCCCUGCUCGUGAAAUUGAUCCGAGAAGGUUGAGAUUCCUAUUCCAAAAGGAGCUUAAGAACAGUGAUGUAGGCUCCCUCAGGAGAAUGGUACUCCCAAAGAAAGCAGCAGAGGCUCACCUCCCUGUCCUAGAGUCCAAGGAAGGAGUUUUUAUCAGCAUGGACGACUUGGAUGGCCUGCAUGUAUGGAGUUUCAAGUACAGGUAUUGGCCUAAUAACAACAGCCGAAUGUAUGUACUAGAAAAUACAGGGGAUUUUGUGACUACGCAUGGCUUACAGCUCGGAGACUUCAUCAUGAUUUACCAAGACAACCAAAACCAGAACUACGUAAUUCAGGCUAAAAAGGCUUCUGAUCAAGAUGUAUUUACUGACAUAACUAGAAAUGCAGUUAACGACCUCUUUCUUCAUGAUUAUGAGCCUACUAAACAAGAUUCCUUUUAUGAGGAUUAUCCGACGGUACUGGAUGAUACGAGUAUGUCAUUUAUCUACGACAGUACCGCAACCUUCUCAAAUGACUCGCCGCUUGAUUUUUUGGGCGGCUCCUUGACAAACUACUCAAGAAUCGGAUCUUUGGAAGGCUUCGGAUCUGAUGCUCAAGAAUUCUCUCUUGAUGACUUCCCCUUCCAUUGA